AUGUCUGAAUCUUUCCAGAAGGCCGUCGAAGACUCCAAGAAGCUUACCUCUAAGCCCAACACCGACGAUCUUCUCAGGCUCUACGGACUCUACAAGGGCAAGGCCAAGUACAACGCCUGGAAGAAGGCUGCCGAGGAGGAGAAGCUCACCCCCGAUGCCGCUCAGGCCAAGUACGUUGAGCUGGUUGAGGAGCUCAAGGAGAAAUGCGGCUACGAUGCCAACAAGGUCCCCGAGGCCGUUGGCAACUAAGUGUCCAAAUCACCACUUCGAAUAGACAAGCCUCUACGACAGAACAACUCAAGAGCAGGAAUAUCUAAACGCAUAUGAGACCAUACAAUGUUGGAGUCAGAUCAGAUGGGAGAAGCCCUUUCGUGGUUCCUUUUACGCUGCCUAUAACACGCAUCGUAUUUAGCUGUCGAGAUAAAUCAUACCCUUUCGUUUUGCGCCAUUGAUGCCGUCCAGAUUUCCACAGCAGUACUCGUAUCGUACCAGGACUACGACCUUGUGUGUUAUGUGUUCCUUGGUGGGCAACAUGUCAUGGGAUUUCGCUCCCGGUCACAUGUGACAUCACUCACAGCUGACGGUGAUUCCCAAACUUGGUGGUGCAUUAUCACGUAAUACUACUCAACCCAUGCAUGACAUUGCGGCGUCGCAGGACUUGAGUCUUGUAGGAGAAUUUACAACUUCGUUGCCUGGAGUCCCAAUUCGACCUUGACCUUCCGCCUCAAAUGUCAUUGCAUAAGGUGUUACAGUAUCCUUAUUGAUGGUCUAUGGAGACAGAUCUCCAGAUGUGAUUAGUACCACAGUCCAGGAUCUAUCAAGUUAGCUGCAGC